CGGUAAAAUAAACUAACUAAUGAAUCUACCAUUUACAGUGUGCCAAGUGGCAAGGAGAAGUAAAUUCUAUCUACGAUUUACAUAAGGAAAUACGGCAGCGUUUAGCUUCAAGUCAAGUGAAAGGAAGCUUGACUGAAGGUCCUCGUGUUCUCCUGCUGCUGCUGUAUUGUCUGAUCACCAUGGCUGCAUCAUCUUCUUCAUAUUGCAACUCAAACCAAUGCAGCCAUUGUGCACAUCUGCUUCACAUCCAACACCAACAUCAACGUUGCCUCCGAUCGACCAUGGCAGCUCAGAUCUCGAAUCUCCAUCAGUCGAAAGCACGAUCGAUCGUCAUCAGCCCGGUACCCGCUGCCUGGUUAUUUCCAACACCGUCUCGCAACCCAUCACCAUCAUCGUCGGUGUCGCUGUUCGGCCGUCACCAGGAAGAUCUCGUUUCUUCCGUUCCUCUUUCUCACCCGCCUUUCUUUUCUGGGUUCUUUUCUUGUGUUCACCUACCCAUUACGCCGGCGAUCAAGAGCCGGUGACUGUCCUCUUCGUUUUUCUGACAAAGAUGGUGAAUUUUAGUAGGAAUGAGGCAUGGAUGAUGCAACGAAUUAAAAAUCAGGCUUAUGAUCCAAGUUCGAAUAUCUGUUACCUUGUGAAACAAUAUUAUUUCUGGUAAUAUGAUAAGGUGAAGUUUUAUAGAAACCGAAUUGCAGACCAAUAAACAAUCACCUAUCUCACAAUCGUUGCUAGCUUUUACUCGGCCUGUUGGCCGAUUAAUUUUCUUUAUAAAAUUUUCAUCUCAUCCUCAAAAUUUUCAUAUUAUCCUCAAAGUUAUUAAUUCGAAUGGAACAAUCCAUUUAUCAACUCACGAAAAGGGUUAAAUGGUUAACCUAGGAUCCAACUCGAUUAGCCUAGUUUUUCUAAUUUGAAACAUGUAUUAAACUAUUAUUUUAUAUCUUAGUGGUUAAAAUAUAAUGUAUUCUAAAGUUAUUAAAGUUAUUAAAUGGUUCAACCUCGAACAACCCGAUUAGCCUAGUCUUUCAGCAGAUAAAGCAAUCUUUGAAUAAUGAGGACAGAAAGUGACAACAAAGUCAAAAAGGAACCACACACGAAAUGGUUCAGAGGUUGGGAAUAACUACUUAAUUGAAACUAACAUUGAUGGGAACAAAAUUAAACUAAAUAGAAACAUCAAAGCAACCAUGUCAAUAGUGUUCAAGCUGUUGAUCAACAUACUUGCAAUAAACCUGGAGGUUAAAGUCGAAUGGGAAAGUAAAUUAAUAUGUUCCUUCCGACUAAAGAAAACCAUUGUCUGCUGGAAAAAUAGGACAACAGGCCCACAAAAGCACAAAUCAAUUACUGGGAGGAGUAAACAGCUUAUGCAAGACCAAAUCACAGUGGUAUUUGGUAGUGUGGUUCCUCGCUCCGACUUUAAUCAUCAAGUGGUAUGUAUUGCCAUGGAUAGUUCUCAGCAUUGUCAUGUAGUUUUGGUUCCAAUCAAUAUGAUCGCCAGUCAACACAUCACAUAAAAUUGGCUAAGGUGUGAAGACGGGAACAUGACUUUAACUUCCGCAGUUGGAUCUUCAGUAUGGAUGGCAAUCAAACUCAUGCUCACGGGUAUUCGACCGCCCCCGACCUAGUCAACGCGGGGAAUUCGCGCAUUGACCGGGUAUGGGUAAAACCCGCUAAGAGUUUGAUGGGUGUAGGGUGGGUAUGGUAUGGUUUUAGCCCCCCCCCCCCCCCCCCCCCCCCCUACCCGCCCCACAAAAAAUAUUUCUUCACAUGUGAAAAAUAUGUGAAUCAAUUUGUAAGCUAUGAAUAAUAGUGAGUAUAACUCAAUAAAAAUAUAUAGUAGAAAUGCAAUUGAGUGGCCACUCAAAUCAAAAUCUAAUUUAUUUCUCUCAAUUUUCCCUUCACUCUUUCACUUUUUCCCAUUGUUAACAAGAUUAUGUUAGUUAAUUUAUUACUUAAUAGAUGUAUCACAAUAGAGAAUAAUGAUUUGAAUGACAU